CCUGAAGCUAUGCUUUUGUCUUUAAAUUGAUUUAAUAAUUUCCUACAAUUAACCACAAACAAUGAAUGGAGGAUAAACCUUUAUCAGGGAAAACGAGAAGGAGGAUCAGUGAUGGAGAGUUGUCUGUGCGUGUGUGUGAGGUGUUGGACCAGCUGGGCUACAGUCAGUCCAUGGUCGAACACAGGCGGGAGGCUUGGAGAGAGGCCAAUGGGAUAGUGAACAGCACAGGACAGAACCCAACCAUACUAAUUGCAGGCAGUAAGGCUGAGGGAUUCACAGCACCAAGUGAGAGUGACACUGAUCGGGUGUUCCUAGACAACUAUACAAUGUGUAGGAUACCCGAAGAUGACUCACCAACAUUGUCGAACACCAAAUGUGAGUUCACUAUGGACAAAGAACACUGCCAUCCUGGACAUUUCAGACUUGAACAAAAGGAGGCAGGGGCUUAUGAGUGUUUAAACAUUAAACAGGCUCUGUUUGUCCAUGAUAAUGGCAGAACGUUUGUUUCAAGCGAAAAGUACAGGACAUCUUACAUGCAAGAUAAAACAAAGGAAACCAUUUCUGGACCAGCGCUCACAGGAUGUAAUGAAUAUUACAGUUGGGACUUUGUUUAUGCAUUCCCCUGCACCAGUCAACAACAGUUGCUCGCAGAGUGGAUCAACAGACCAAGACACCACAACUGGCCAACACCCGACCUGAUAGCAGAAGUGCCCAAACUUGAGGCCCAAAUGGUCCCUGUGGGCUGUAAAAGUAGUGAACAUAAAGACAUUGAAUGGAGGGUUUGUUUUAUCCCUAGUGAGCAAAGGCUUACUAACAGCUGGGAGGAGAACCAAUACAAAAUUUAUAUCUUGCUGAAAUUGAUUAAGAAAUCUCAGCUGAAACCAAUAUCUGAAGAAAUUUCAUCUUACGUUUUGAAAAAUAUUAUGCUAUGGUACACCGAACAGAAUCCAAGACACAUAUUCCAGAAGGAGCAUUUACUUCAAAAUGUUAUCUUAUGUCUAAAGAAUCUCAAAGAAGCGAUAAACACCAACCAUCUUCCAUACUAUAUGAUCCCAGGGAGGAAUCUACUGACAGGAAAAAUCAGCCUAGAACUGAAACAGCAGCUGAUUGAGAAGGUAAAAGAGCUGAUACAAGAAGGACCCAAUGUGAUACUGAGAUUGCCUAAAGUGCAGGCAGCCCUGAAGAUGUCUCCAGCGGAGUUGGCAGAGAGAGGCCGCUGGAGAGACGAGCUGGAGAAGCUGGCGCUAGAGAGGUGGAAUAUAUGGCUGACACACUGGAGACCAGGCAUGGAGACGGAGGAGUUGCCCUUUCCAAAUAAGAUCGACGAGCUGGCUUGGCAAGAUCCAGACUACAUCAGGGUGGAUGAGAAAAUGAAUGACAUGGUCUGGCCUCAGUGGAGGGAGUACCAUGGAGAUGAUAGAAGGGAUAUAUUGAGGAGAAAAGUUGCUCAUCCCCUAUCAUAGAUAACUAAGAUGAAUAAAAGCGCUGUAAGUGCUGAAAGGCUGUAGACACAAAAGUGUAAUUUUUCACUUUUUAAAAUUCUUUUUACAGGCAAUAAUAUUUGAAUCCAAAUUUGUUUUGAGUGGCCCCAAACUGUUACUGAUAAGUGCCUUGGAAUAGGUAAUGAAAAUGGAUAAAUGUUUAAUACAAUUAGCUAAUUUCAUAACAGUAACUGAUAAACCUUACGUUCUAGGGUAUACGAACAUUGCAUUUAUCUGGCAAACUAAUUGCUAGUGUAAAGUUAAUUAAUGAAACAUGAUAUUGACUGAGGAAGUUUUGACUAUUUGUUUUGGGUAAAGUAAGGCAGGGUGUUUAUGUCAGCACAUUUCCAUCUGCUUAAUUAUCUACAAUUAUCUAUUCACCUUGUAAUACACAAUGUUGUUAAAAACAAACUCCACACAGCAGUUACCCCCUUUGCAGUAUAGUGAUAUUCUGUGCCGAGAGGGGGGAUAACUGUGUAUAAUUAUUUUAAUCAAUUAAGUUUUACAACAUGUGUAUUUUUUAUAUGUAUAUUUGUAUGGUGUUGGGUUUCGUUUGUUGUUUUUUAAUA